AUGGCCAGCUUUGGAGGGUUCCUGUAUGCAGCAAUGCUGCUUCUUUUGUGCAUUUUCCAUGUGGAUGUCGUAAGGGGACAAAGCACUCACCCUACUGAAGCAACUGCUCUCAACGCUAUCAAAGGUAGGGAGGUGUUUCAGAUGAAUCUUUCUGGAACUUUGGCACCAGAGGUUGGUCUUCUGUCUGAGCUGAUAAAUUUGAACUUUAUGUGGAACAAUUUGACUGGUCACAUCCCGAAAGAUAUAGCCAAUAUCACAACGCUCAAACUUUUAAAUUUGAAUGGCAAUCAACUAUCUGGUUCCAUACCAGAUGCGAUUGGCUAUCUCGGAAACUUGAAGAGAUUGCAAAUCGACCAAAACCAAAUAUCUGGACGAAUACCUAAAUCGUUUGCUAAUUUAAUGAGCAUGCAACAUCUUCACAUGAACAACAAUUCAUUAAGUGGUCAAAUCCCAUCUGAGCUGUCCAAAAUGCCUAGUCUCCUUCAUCUUCUUGUGGAUAAUAAUAAUUUAUCUGGGCCUCUUCCUCCAAAAUUAGCGGAGACGCAUAGUUUGAAAAUAUUUCAGGCUGAUAAUAAUAACUUCAGUGGAAGUUCCAUCCCUGCUUCAUACAACAACAUACGAACACUUACAAAGAUGAGUCUUAGGAAUUGCAGUUUGCAAGGAGUUAUUCCUGAUCUAAGCGGCAUACCUGGACUUAGCUAUUUGGAUCUUGGCUGGAACCAACUGACAGGAUCUAUACCAACUAAUAGGCUGGCUUCAAAUAUCACUACAAUUGACUUAUCGCAUAACUUUCUUAAUGGAACUAUUCCGAGAAACUUCUCCGGGCUGCCUAAUCUUCAGUUCUUGGACUUUCAAAACAACUCCCUUGACACUAUUCCAGAUGAAUUUGAGCCUCCAAAAGCUGUUGUUCUUCUGCUUUUUGGAAACCCUGUAUGUGAUGCUUCCAAUGCAGCUCGAGCAGCCAGACUUUGUCAACCCACAUCUGUAAACAAAGUACCGUCUGGGCCACAAGUUAUUAUAGACUGUGUUGCUUGCUCGACGGAUAAAAAUUAUGAAUACAAUCCAUCGUCCCCAAUACCUUGCAUCUGUGCUGUGCCUGUCGGAGUUGGAUUUCGACUGAAGAGUCCGGGGAUCUCAGAAUUCCGCCCCCACAAAGAAUUUUUUGAGUUCAACUCAACCUCUCAAUUAGGCCUGAGUAUUUACCAGCUAUACAUUGAGGAUUACAUAUGGGAGGCUGGUCCAAGGCUGAAUAUGAAUCUGAAGUUAUUCCCAAAUAAUACUAAUUUAUUCACUAUGUCAGAGGUUAUGCGGCUCAGGCAAUUACUUGCUGGAUGGGAGAUAACUCUACCAGAUGUUUUUGGUCCGUACGAGCUUCUCAAAUUCACCUAUGCAGACGAAUUUCCAACUGUGAUAUCAUCAGGUUUAAGUAAGGGUGCACUAGCAGGGAUUUUGGUAGGAACAGUUACUGCUGCUAUUGCAGUGUCUGUAGCUUCUACAGUUUUUAUAAUGAGAAAACGCCCGAUACAUCGAACAGUUUCGAGGCGGUCAUUACUAUCGAGGUUUUCUGUCAAGGUUGAUGGUGUGAGAUGCUUCACAUUUGAAGAAAUGGCUAGAGCAAGCAAUGCUUUCGAUGAUUCAGCUGAAGUUGGUCAGGGAGGUUAUGGAAAAGUAUAUAAAGGAAAACUAGCUGAUGGAACAGUCGUUGCAAUCAAACGAGCACAUGAAGAUUCUCUGCAAGGUUCAAAGGAAUUUUGCACAGAAAUAGAACUGCUGUCAAGAUUGCAUCAUCGUAAUUUGGUAUCCUUGAUUGGCUAUUGUGAUGAACAGUGUGAACAGAUGUUGGUGUAUGAAUUCAUGCCAAAUGGCACCCUACGUGAUCAUCUUUCUGUAAUUUCUAAAAGACCUCUAAACUUUGGUCAGAGGCUACAUAUUGCACUGGGCGCUGCGAAGGGAAUCCUCUAUCUACACACCGAGGCAGAUCCUCCUAUAUUCCACCGUGAUGUUAAGGCCACCAACAUUCUACUGGACUCCAAGUUUGUCGCGAAGGUGGCUGACUUUGGUCUUUCAAAGCUUGCUCCGGUCCCAGAUGUUGAAGGAACAUUGCCAGCCCAUAUCUCUACCAUUGUUAGGGGCACUCCAGGGUAUCUCGAUCCAGAGUACAUCCUAACUCAUAAAUUAACCGAAAAAAGUGAUGUUUAUAGCCUUGGUGUUGUGCUUCUUGAACUGUUGACCGGGAUGAAACCAAUCCAGUUCGGAAAAAACAUCGUUAGAGAGGUAAAGUCAGCUUACCGUUCCGGAGACAUUGCUGGAAUCCUCGACAGCCGAAUGUCCUCGUGCCCUCCAGAAUGCGCCACGAGGUUCCUCUUGCUGGCCUUGAAGUGCUGCCAGGACGAGACCCAUGCAAGGCCUUAUAUGGCCGAGAUCGUUAGGGAGCUCGAUGGCAUCCGGAGUGUGUUGCCGGAAGAGGAUCUCUUCUCCGUGAACUCCAUAAUUACAGGCUCCUCGGUCACAUUGGCUAAUUCUGCACCGGACUCCCAGGCAGCGACCACCAGGGAACUCUUCAACUCAUUACAGGCCUCCAGUAGCGGGCAGGCCUAUAGCGGCAUCCUUUCUGGGACAUUGUCUCCUCGUUAGCAUCACGGCUAGUGUUUUUUGAGUUGUAAAUGGGUGUAGAUAGUAGGCAUGCCAGCAGUUCUUAACAUGGAAUGGGUGUUGAUGUUUUAUGUUGCAGA